AUGGGGCUGCCUUACGGGGCCGGCGGGCUGGCCCCCUAUUCCAGCGACGAUCCAGUGCAAUUAGGGUCCACCAGGCUCGCAAGUCCACAUUUUCGUCCCGAGUCCAAGUUCAGCUCGGGAAUCUGGGACGGGUUGCAGGGCGACGGCGACAUUGGGUCGCGCGUCGGGCGCAUCAUGGCUGCACAGUACCAGUACACCGGCUGCAUCGACACGCUGCUCGGCCCGGCUGAACUUGGGGAUAACAGAUUUUCCAGCCACUCUCCCCCUAAUCCUUCCCACCGCCGUCAUACCGAGUACGAUACACCAGGGUGGCGCUACGCUCUGGACUCGGCGUCAUCGCUCGUCGUGUUGUUUGCCAGCAUGGAAGCGCAGCGCGUCUGGGUGGCAUUCUGCGGCUUCUACUCGGCCGCCGUCCAACACGUCAUCCUGCCCCGGGGAGAGGGAACUACUGACAUUCGCCAACAGCAUACGCCCGGGGAGGGGAGCCGCCGGGUGAAGUAG